GUCUCUUCCAGAAGUGUUAUUGGACUUUGCCGCAGCUAACGGGGAACUUGGCUGGCUCACGCACCCGUAUGGCAAAGGGUGGGACCUGAUGCAGGCCAUCAUGAACGACACGCCCACCUACAUGUACUCCGUGUGCAACGUGGUGGCGAGCGACCAGGACAACUGGCUCCGCACCAACUGGGUGUACCGUGGCGAGGCCGAGCGCAUCUUCAUCGAGCUCAAGUUCACCGUGCGGGACUGCAACAGCUUCCCGGGGGGCGCCAGCUCCUGCAAGGAGACCUUCAACGUCUACUACGCCGAGUCCGACGUGGACUACGGCACCAACUUCCAGAAGCGCCAGUUCCGCAAGAUCGACACCAUCGCGCCCGAUGAGAUCACGGUCAGCAGCGACUUCGAGGCCCGCCAGGUGAAGCUGAACGUGGAGGAGCUCUCCGUGGGGCCGCUCACCCGCAAGGGCUUCUACCUGGCCUUCCAGGACAUUGGCGCCUGCGUGGCCCUGCUCUCCGUCCGCGUCUACUUCAAGAAGUGCCCCGAGCUGCAGCAGGGCCUGGCCCGCUUCCCUGAGACCGUCGCCGGCUCGGAUGCACCUUCCCUGGCCACCGUGGCCGGCACCUGCGUGGACCACGCUGUGGUCCCCCCCGGGGGCGAAGAGCCCCGCAUGCACUGCGCGGUCGACGGCGAGUGGCUGGUGCCCAUCGGGCAGUGCCUGUGCCAGGCGGGCUACGAGAAGGCGGAGGACACCUGCCAGGCCUGUGCGUCUGGAUUCUUCAAAUCUGAGGCGUCCGAGAGCCCCUGCUUGGCGUGCCCGGUGCACACCCUGCCGUCCCCCGAGGGGGCCACCCACUGCGAGUGUGAGGAGAGCUACUUCCGGGCGCCCCAGGACCCGCUGUCGAUGCCCUGCACAGGCCCACCCUCUGCCCCAAGCUACCUCACGGCCGUGGGCAUGGGCGCCAAAGUGGAGCUGCGCUGGAAGCCCCCCCUGGACAACGGGGGCCGUGAAGACAUCACCUACAAGGUCACCUGCGAACAGUGCCUGCCCGACUUGGGCGACUGCCGGCCCUGCGAGGCCAGCGUGCGCUACUCUGAGUCACCGCAUAAGCUGACCCGCACCAGCGUGGUGGUCAGUGACCUAGAGCCUCACAUGAACUACACCUUCGCCGUAGAGGCCCGCAACGGCGUCUCGCACCUGGUGGCCAGCCGCAGCUUCCUCACUGCCAGCGUCAGCAUCAACCAGACAGAGCCGCCCAAGGUGAAGCUGGAGGGCCGUGGCACCACCUCGCUGAGCGUGUCCUGGAGCAUCCCCCUGCCUCAGCAGAGCCGUGUGUGGAAGUACGAGGUCACCUACCACAAGAAGGGGGACACCAACAGCUACAACGUGCGCUACACUGAGGGUUUCUCCGUGGCCCUGGAUGACCUGGUUCCAGACACCACCUACCUGGUCCAAGUGCAAGCGCUGACUCAGGAGGGCCAGGGUGCCCGCAGCAAGGUGCACGAGUUCCAGACACUGUCCACGGAAGGAUCUGCCAACGUGGCCGUGAUCGGCGGAGUGGCUAUCGGUGCUACCCUGCUUCUGGUGUUGGGAGGAGUCGGCUUCUACAUCUACCGCAGGAGGAAGAGCCUGCGGACCCGCCAGUCCUCGGAGGACGUCUACUUCUCCAAGUCAGAACAACUAAAGCCCCUGAAGACAUACGUGGACCCCCACACGUACGAGGACCCCAACCAGGCCGUGCUCAAGUUCACCACCGAGAUCCAUCCGUCCUGUGUCACGCGGCAGAAGGUGAUCGGAGCAGGGGAGUUCGGGGAGGUGUACAAGGGGACCCUGAAGGCAUCGGGGAAGAGGGAGGUCCCUGUGGCCAUCAAGACGCUGAAAGCUGGCUACACAGAGAAGCAGCGGGUGGACUUCCUCAGCGAGGCCAGCAUCAUGGGCCAGUUCAGCCACCACAACAUCAUCCGCCUGGAGGGCGUCGUCUCCAAAUACAAGCCCAUGAUGAUCAUCACUGAGUACAUGGAGAACGGGGCCUUGGACAAGUUCCUUCGGGAGAAGGACGGCGAGUUCUGCGUGCUGCAGCUGGUGGGCAUGCUGCGGGGCAUCGCGGCCGGCAUGAAGUACCUGGCCAACAUGAACUACGUCCACCGUGACCUGGCCGCCCGCAAUAUCCUCGUCAAUAGCAACCUGGUCUGCAAGGUGUCCGACUUCGGCCUGUCCCGUGUGCUGGAGGAUGACCCCGAGGCCACCUACACCACCAGUGGCGGCAAGAUCCCCAUUCGCUGGACAGCCCCGGAGGCCAUUUCCUACCGAAAGUUCACCUCGGCCAGCGACGUGUGGAGUUACGGAAUUGUCAUGUGGGAGGUGAUGACAUAUGGCGAGCGGCCCUACUGGGAGCUGUCCAACCACGAGGUGAUGAAAGCCAUCAACGAAGGCUUCCGACUGCCCACGCCCAUGGAGUGCCCCUCGGCCAUUUACCAGCUCAUGAUGCAGUGCUGGCAGCAGGAGCGCGCCCGCCGCCCCAAGUUCGCCGACAUCGUCAGCAUCCUGGACAAGCUCAUCCGGGCUCCCGACUCCCUCAAGACCCUGGCUGACUUUGACCCCCGGUAAGUCCCACACCCUCCCCUGUGGCAGCCCCCAGGCUGACCCCCGAGCUGCUUCGGUGUGGCGGCCAGCGGGGGCUAGCGGGCAAGGCUUUACUUAGACUGGACGGGGC